AUGCCCCGCAGCAACACGAAAGCCCAAGCUCAGCAAUUUGCCGAGGAUGAAGCGGAACAGCUACUGCUGGCUUCCAUCUUAUUCUUCGACACUUCAGACGACGAGUUUGAACACGAACAGCUGAAGGAGUAUGAUGAAUGGGAUGCUGGGCUGAUCACGGAUGGUUAUAGCGAAAUCUUGCAGCUUGCGGGGUUCCAAUGGUCAGAUUUGGCCGAGUGGAUCUCUGCUGAGGACAGAUCGAGAGGCCCUUAUAACCAGAUCCCCAAAUCACUCGAUUUCUUCUCCGUCUGCCUACAAGCACCUGAUCGAGAGUUCAGACACAUGUUUCGUAUGGGCCGCAAUACUUUCGAUUCUCUGGUUGCCAUGAUCUUUGACCAUCAUGUCUUUCGACCACGAAAUGCCAGAGGACGCCCCCAGCGACAUGUCAAAUACCAAUUAGCAUGCUUUCUCAUCCGAUACGGUGUCUCUGGAUCCGACACCUUGUCUACGGCGCAGAAGCUUUCCAUCGGACACGGGACCGUCUUUCUGUACUGCGGGAGGGUUAGAAAGGCACUGAGAUCGCUGCGGCCUCAAUAUCUGUCUUUCCCGGAUGGCGAUCGUGAUGGCUGCCUCGUUAAUUUCGAAGAAAUCCCGCUAGUUCAGGGGCCUCAUUACAUGUCUCGAAAGCGACGAUUCUCGACCAAUGUUCAAGCGACUUGUGAUCACGAGAAGAGAUUCACCUCUUAUGAGCUCGGAUGGCCCGGCGGAGUUCCUGAUGUCAAGGUUUUCAAACAUUCGGAUCUUUGGCUCCGGCGUAACCGAUACUUUGGCCCACAGAAUUAUCUUCUGGUCGAUAAAGGCUAUCCAAGUACACCGUACACCAUCCGACCAUUUGACGAACCAGAGAUUGCCUCUGCUUCGACCCAGGACAGAUCUCGCAUGCACCGGUUCAAUCACCGACUCUCUCGUGUACGAAUUUCGAUCGAACAUGCCUUUGGAUUGCUCAAGGCCCGCUUCCCAUCCCUGCGAAAUUUGGGUCCGCAUAAAGACAUUCAAGACGUGUAUAAGACCAUUGAAGUCCUCUUGAUUCUCCAUAACAUUUGCCUUGAUCUCCAGGACAAACCCGAAGAACGUUGGAGCAUGCGCCCAGUAGAUGAGCGGAGCGAGGAUGGCGAGCCAGUUGGGGGAAUACAAUCCGAGGAAGAUCGUGAUGAUGAGGUCCCAGAACACGAAACAGACCAUUAUUUGAAGAUUGCGGGUAGAGCGCGACGGUUGCGAUGGCUCAAUUGCCUGUAUCCGACUCCCGAUGCUUGA